AUGAGCUUGCGGUCAAUACUAAGCGGUGGCCGAGUAAAAAAGCCAAAACCAAAGCCGAAGCCAUCAGCUUCGCCACGGAAGAAUAGCGGGACGAGUAGCCCCCGCAAGCCCGCCGGCGGCAGCAGCAGCAACGCCAAGAGGAAUACCACUACCCCAUCACACAUCCAAGAUGACGACGACGACGACGACGACUUCUUCCACGACAGGCUCGACGACGCAGGGCUCGUCGCGGCGCUGGCGACGGACAUGUCGUUGCGCGACGUCGUCCAGGCCAUAAAGUACACCCGCAGCCGCAUGUUCGGUCCCGUCCCCACGGAGGCGGCCGGCAUGAACUCCACGCGCAUCGCCGAGGUGCUCAAUUACCGCAGAGCCAUGCCGGGCAUAGUGACAACAUCGCACCUCCACGCCCUCCUCGCCUCGCCCACGGCGGUGGAGCGCGAGGUCGCAGAGUUGCAGCGCGGCGGAGCGCUGCGUAAGAUCUACGUGCAACGCCGCGGCGGCCUGGGCGAGGCCCUGAUCCAGACUUCUGAGCUGGAAGACAUGAUUGUAAAAUCGGCAGAGCUGGACGACGAUGCGAGAUCCGCCUACGUCAAGUUCCUCAGAGAGAAUCCGCUAGCGCAGACGAUGCCGCGACUGGCUUGCGGCGGCCAUAAACAGGCCGAUGCCCUGGUGCGGGCCGGGUUUCUUACAUCCAGCAUACAUCCGCAGCACGUAAAUACACCUUUAAUGAACUUACACUUGCGCCCUGAAGACCGCGGUAGCUUGAUGAGCAUCCAAGCAGUCUCUCGCGCAGCAUCCGGGAGCUUCGACGCCGUUGGCGGACAAGGAGGAAUACACGCCGCGGGUGGUGGGGGAGGGGUCCCGCGUCUAUCCCGCGGCGGCGCCGCCGCCGACGCGUCAUCAUAUUCGGGGGCCGAAUUCACCAUCGCGGUGCCCGGGAACGGGUCGUUUCUAAAACUGACCGCCGCCGCUGUGGAGCACCUCGCCCAUCUCCUGUCCAAGUCGCAAUUUAGGGAGAUGCCCGUGUCUAUGCUCCGGGAGCGGUGGGAGGGUGGCGUAGCCCGUGACGAGGCACGCCUCGCAAGGAGGGCCAGGGGAGAAUUCGCCGGCGUGCUGCCAGGGAGGACCAGACGAUGGAAGGAGUUUUACGGUUUGGAGUUCAACUGGGUGUUGGAGGAAGCCAUGGGCGCCGGUCUUGUGGAAGUUUUUGAGACACGGAGCGUAGGUAGGGGAGUCCGCUUGCUGUGA